GCGCAAAUCGGCAGCAAGCGCAGCAGGAAACACUUCACUGAUAAUCCUCAAACACUGUCCAUACACAGACCUCGAAGCCGUGGGAAAUACAAUUCGAGCCUGCUCUUCUUCACCGCCCGGUGUGGUUUUCCUCUUCACCUCAGGAUAAUUGAGCAAACCCGCUUGAAUCGUGGACAGUGCCGGGACAUCGGGCCGCGGUGAAUCAGGUGGCUGAGGAGAAACCGUGAGAGAGGGCAGCACGAGGUCCCUGCUCGUCCAGGGACGAUGAAGAGGUUCAAGCGUCAUGGGCAUGAGUCUCAAAGGGACAAACACAAACAGGAUCUCUAUCAGUUCAACAAGACUGUAGAACAUGGCUUCCCCCAUCAGCCCAGCGCUCUGGGUUUCAGCCCCAGCCUGGAGCUCCUGGCCAUCGGUACCAGAUCAGGAGCAAUCAAACUGUAUGGAGCUCCAGGUGUGGAGUUCAUGGGACUUCACGAUGAGAAUGCGGCAGUUACACAGGUGCACUUCCUGCCAAACCAGGUGGAGUUGGUAACAUUAUUGGAUGACAACAGUCUGCACAUGUGGACGCUUCGGGCCCAUACCAGCAUGUCCGAGUUGCUUGAGAUAGGACGUUUCACUCUCUCUGGUCCACCUGGUGCCCCUCCCAGUGUGACGCGGGUCACUGCGGUUCUGGCACACUCAUCGGGUGAGCUGCUGCUGCUGGGCACAGAGGGUGGACACGUGUUUGUUGUGGAAGUGCCAGGCUUCAGAGAGCUGGAGGAGAACAACAUCAGCGUGGAGGAUGUACAGAAAAGAAUUCCAGAGGAUUAUGUUGGCCGCAGGAAUCUGGAGUGUGUGGAGACUCUGCAUGAGAACCCGCUCAACCCACGGCAGGUGCUGAUCGGCUACACCCGAGGCCUGAUGGUACUGUGGGAUCUGGACCGGCAGCGUCCCAUCCAACACUUCCUAGGCACACAGCCUUGGCCUAUAAAUGGAGGCCAGAAUUUUGCCCCAGACCCUCCCCAGAGAGACUUGCUCCUGACAGGGCAUGAAGAUGGCACUGUGCGUUUCUGGGAUGCCUCAGGGGUCUGUCUUUACCCCAUGUACAAGCUCAGCACAGCGGGAGCCUUCCUCACAGACGCCGACCCAAAUGACAACAUGAACCAGGGCAGUGAGGGAGAGUGGCCUCCAUUCCGCAAGGUGGGCUGCUUUGACCCAUAUAGCGAUGACCCUCGGCUUGGCAUUCAGAAGAUCCACCUGUGUAAAUACAGCGGAUAUCUCACAGUGGCUGGAACUGCAGGACAAAUUCUGGUUUUGGAGCUGAAUGAUGAGGCUGCCGAGCAGACGGUCGAGGCUACAGUGGUGGACCUGCUGCAGGGUCAGGAGGGAUUUCGCUGGAAGGGCCAGGCGCGUCUAGACGUGCGGGAGGAGCCAGUGCUGUUCCCUCCAGGCUUCCAGCCCUUCGCUCUAGUGCAGUGCCAGCCGCCCGCUGUGGUCACAGCAAUCGCUCUGCAUUCAGAGUGGAAAAUGGUGGCCUUCGGUACCAGCCAUGGCUUUGGUCUCUAUGACUACCACCAGAGGAAUAAAAUCUUGGUCAAGUGCACCCUAAAUCCCAGUGACCAGAUGGCCUUGGAGGGGCCACUCUCACGCGUCAAGUCCAUCAAGAAGUCCUUGAGACAGUCCUUCCGCAGGAUUCGCCGCAGCCGGGUUUCCAUGCGAAAACACCACACUAACAACGCAGCUAAGCUGCAAGAGAUCAACAACAGGCUGGUGGCCGAAGCUCUGCAGGAGAUGGAGCUGGCACCUGUACAGAGAAAGAUUGAAGCCCGUUCCUCUGACGACUCCUUCACGGGCCUCGUCAGAACACUCUACUUUGCAGAUACAUUCGUUAGUGAUAGUUCUCACAGUACGCCCUCACUGUGGGCAGGAACCAAUGGUGGAGCUGUUUUUGCGCAUGUCCUCCGUGUCCCCUCAUUGGAACGAAGGGCGGAGGAUCCAGUGGUGGCUCAUGCAGCUAAAGAGAUUCAGUUGAUGCAUCGUGCUCCAGUCGUUGGUUUGGUGGUCUUGGAUGGCAAGGGUGCCCCUCUGCCCGAGCCUCUGGAGGUGGCCCAUGAUUUGGCGCGCAGUCCUGAAAUGCACGGUUCUCAUCACCUAUUGGUUGUGUCAGAGGAGCAAUUAAAGCUGUUUACGCUGCCUAAAGUGAGCAGUAAGUCAAAGCUGAAACUGACAGCGGUCGACGGCUCUCGUGUUCGCCGUGUGGGUGUCGCUUGGUUUGGCUCUCGGACCGAUGAACAGUUGGAGAGCAGCCUGGUGGUGCUGACCAAUCAGGGUGAGCUACACGUCAUCUCUUUGCCUUCCAUCAAAAUGAUGGUUCACUAUCCUUGCAUACGAAGAGAAGACGUCAGUGGAAUCGCAUCCUGUGUGUUCACCAAAUAUGGCCAAGGAUUUUAUCUGAUGUCCCCUUCUGAGUUUGAGCGGUUUUCUCUCUCCACCCGCUGGGUGGUGGAGCCUCGUUGUCUGGUUGAGGCUCCCCUCCAGAUGAGGCCCAAGAACCCAUCAAGUCCCAUCCACAGGGACCAGCCGGAUGGAGUACCUACUGAACACAGAAAUUUCAAAAGGGAGAGUGAAGGAUAUGAGAGUUCUGCUAGACAAGUAAUGGAGCAUGCUUUGCUCAACGAUGAGAGAGUGCUUCAGGAGAUCCAGAAGUCUCUAGAAGGAGAUCAAACGACGUUCCUAGAAAACAAUCUGAAGACAAAGCCAAAAGCAGGCAAUGUGCUAAGCAAUGGAGAUUGAGCUUUUAAUUCCCAGUGCCUGAACGAUUCUGGAUGCGCUCUUCAUUCCAGACUUGCUUACGAUCUGAACACUACUGCUAGAACCACUACUGAACCAUGAGAAAGCCUUGCCCUGGAGAGCGAAACCUCCCACUCAAGAGCUUCUACACCCAGAGAGAGGAGAGCGAGGGACCACCACCUGUGCCUGCUAAGACCAAACACUGUAUCUCCACUAAAUCCAUUACAUGCUGACUAACCGCCAUCCACACCACCUGCGUCUGCGUCUGCGCAGUUCACUGCAGCAACCCGAGCAAAUGCAGUGGCGUUUGGUUUGAAAGACUGGCAAUUAAGACAGUUUUGUUUUUAACUUAAUUUCAAAUGCAUGAUUUUUCUUUUCUACCAGAUUGAGGACCUCAGAAUUUGCAUAGAUGGUGUAUUAUAGGUGGAUAAAGACGCCAUUAGCUGUUGCUGACGAAUUAGGGUUGGACGACAAGGUGACGUUAGCACCAGAUGCUAAUAAACCACAUCCACAUUUAAAACCCUACGGCGUAUUCCACAACAAGUAGUGUUGCCUUUCCCCGUCCACACCAAUGAGAACAGUGGCUAGAUAAAAGUUCUUAUAGGUACUUGUACACUACUGUGUAGUUCAUAUGCUGUAGUUUCUAGGGUGUACAGCUUUCUGAGGGGCUUGGUCUUUAUUUUGUUUUUUUUAUGUAAAACAUUUUUAUGCCAAUAAUGAUGAUGUAAUUUUAAAAUAUUGUAGUCAAAUGUUUUAAUAUAUGUGUAUAUGAAAAUCCGUACCUGUUUUGAACGCUGGGUUCCUUUUACGGAGGGCUGUAUUUUCUGAUCUAAGGAAAUAUUUUGGUACUGUCUCCUGAAAUGCUUUUAGCGUUUUCUUUGGGGGGGGUCUAGAAUAUAUUUUUGUAGAAUUAUACAUGAUUAUGUAUGAGAACACUAAUUAUUAUGCUUUGUAUCGCCACACUACAGUCUUCUCAGUAAAACAUUUUCACACAAACCGUCCUUUUCUGCAUUUUUGAGUAUUGAUAUGGGAAGACUGAUAUGAUGUAGGUUGGGCAAAAGUGUAAAAAGUAUUGUGAAGACAAAAA